CAGCAGCACGGGCAGGGGACAGUCACCAUCUCCCCAGUGCUCCUGCCGGCUCUCACAGGACUCCCAGUGCCCAGGACAGCUCAGAGGGGACAGGAGCGCCCGCACGGUGAGGAUGGAUGCUGGAUUUGCUGGGAUACUUUUCACCCUCCUCCUCCUCUUCUCCAUCCUGUGGCUCCUGGUUUGGAGGAGUGACACGAAGAGGAGCCGGCUGCCUCCUGGCCCAGCCCCAUGGCCCAUCCUGGGUAACCUGUGGCAGAAAGAUGUCCUGCCCCUCUACAAACACUACGAGAAGCUCAGCAGCACCUACGGCCCGAUCUUCACUGUGUGGCUGGGGCUGAAGCCGGUGGUGGUGCUCUGUGGGUACGAGGCAGUGAAGGAUGCCCUGGUGGGACACUCCGAGGAGUUUGGGGGCAGACCUGAGAUCCCCGCCCUGAAGCAUCUCUCCAAAGACUAUGGAUUUCUCUCCAACGACGAGAAGAAGUGGCGGGAGCUGCGGAGGUUCACGCUCAGCACCCUGCGGGACUUUGGGAUGGGGAAGAGCUCCAUGUCCCAGAAGGUGCAGCAGGAGGCUCAGCACCUGGUGGAGCUGCUGGCAAAGCUCAGAGGCAAUGCCUUUGAGCCAAUGACCAUGUUCAGAUACGCGGUUGCCAACGUGAUCUGCUCCGUGGUCUUCGGCAGCCGCUACAGCUACAGCGAUGUGGCUUUCCUGGAGCUGAUCAAUGCCAUUGGGAACUACGUCAGCUUCUUCCUGUCCCCCCUCGCCAAGGUGUACAACACCUUUCCCAGCAUCAUGCACCGGCUCCCAGGGCCUCACAAGAAAGUCCUGGCUGACUGCCAGAAGCUGAAGGACCACAUCAAGGAGAAGGUGCGGUUCCACCACCUGACUCUGGACUCCAGCUGCCCCCGGGACUACAUCGACUGUUUCCUGAUGAGAGCAGAGAAGGAGAAGGGCAGCCCAGAGACCAUGUACGGCCAUGAAGACCUGAUCAUGUCAGUGUUCAACCUGUUCGGCGCCGGCACGGUGACAACCGGCAACACCCUGGUGUUCUUCCUGCUGAUGCUGGCAAAGCACCCCCACAUCCAAGCCAAGGUCCAGGAGGAGAUUGAUGCUGUGGUGGGCACUGGCCGUGCCCCCAGCACAGAGGACAAGCUGCGGAUGCCCUACACCAACGCUGUGAUCCACGAGCUGCAGCGCUACCACAAGAUGCGCAUUGAGAACUUCCCGCGCAUGACGACGCAGGAUGUCCUGUUCAGGGGCUACUCCAUCCCCAAGGGCACUCCUGUUAUUCCAGUACUUUCCUCUGUGCAUUCGGAUCCAACCCAGUGGGAGAACCCUGGAAAAGUGGAUCCCACACACUUCUUGGAUGAAAAGGGCGAGUUCAGGAAGCGCGAGGCCUUCAUGGCGUUCUCAGCAGGGAAGCGGAUGUGCCCCGGGGAGGCGCUGGCCCGCAUCGAGCUCUUCCUGUUCCUCACCACGCUGUUGCAGAGAUUCACCUUCCAGCUGGCCAUGGAGCACAAGGAGCUGGAUUUAUUCUCCCUGUGGCUCGAGAUCGAGAGGAAGGCAAUCCCGUGCAAGUUCUUCGCUAUCCCACGCUCGGUGUUCUCUUAAGCUGGGAGAGUGGGACAAGGAAAGGUUCUUCCAGGUGCCUCCAUCCCCACCCCAGAGCGAGCCCUGUGGCCAUGAGGGCACAGCCACAGCCACCAGAGGAGGGACAAUUUGGGCUUGGAGUUUCUCCUCUGAGAACUGUGAGAACAGGCAUCUCUGCUACCAGCUCCAUGAGCAACCCACUCCCAGCCCUUCCCUGCCCAUCCCAGGAGCAUGAGGCGGUUGACACUGCUUUUCCUGCCCCAUCCCCAUCCAUGUUGCUUGAGUUCCUCAUGGCAUGGCUUCCUGGGGCUCCUGGGCUGGGCAGGGGCCUCCUCCAUUUGGUGAAAGAUUCAGAGAGUUCUGCAAUAAAGUUAACCAUCAGAUCAUGAA